AUGGAAUGCAGGGCGGACAAAGUGGAGUUCAACCUGUCCAGCAGCUGUCGCCCCCCUCCCGUCGCCCCGAAACUCUGGAAAGAUAUUCCGAAUAGAGCCACAGACAUGUCUCCAGUCAGGCAACCGGUCAUCAGCUCGGUCAUAUCACCCCAUCCAACGAAACAAGGGUACCCUGCGGCCGGGUCUGAUCUACUAAUGUGUGUCGUCGGGGGCCCAGCACCGUGGGCAAAUAUAUCACAAACGUUCUCUGCAUCCGCUCGGAUGCCACGGAGUUCUCAGGGCAGCAUCACUGCUGGCACGGACGAUCCGCAGCAAGCGCAACGGGCUACAGCACUAUCUGAGUACUUCCCAGGCUCCGACCCAGCGAGGCUGUGCAGACCGUUGAGAGACUGGCUGGCAGGUAAUGGUGAGAGCGACAUUACAGGGUCGUUGGGGUAUGGGCACUCGGUCUUCAAACCUUCUCGUUUCCUGCAGGCUCUGGCCUUGGCGCUUUCGGACGAUCCAUGCGACGCGGAUUAUGACUCUAAGCUCGUCGUUUCGACGAAAUCCGUCGUCCCGAAGGCACAAGGGGCUGGUUCCCGCCCGCAUGCCGUGCCCAUGGGCAGCCUCUUUCCAAGCAUAGCCAAGAAGGGGCGAGAAAGCGCGGCAGCAAAGCCUCAACGAGGUCGCGUUUCCUUUAGACGUAGAAGAUGCAAGAAAAAAUCGCGGUGGAAGGCUGACGAGAGCUUGGCGGACGGUGCCUCAACUCAGCCAGCCGUCACAGUGACACCAGCUGCGCCCAACGCAGUGAGGAGGCAGAGUGAUCGUGCAGUCAGCGACAGCAGAAGGGAGCACGUGGCUCAUUCUCAGCAUGACCCUGACCCCCCCGCAUGUGACGCUGUAAUUGGCGAGCCUGCGCAAACCAAUCCGGCAGCUCGGGGCGUUCUUCAACACGCAUGCGUCAAGACAGAGGAUACCACCGUGCUAGCGCAGCCGUCGGAAUCCCGACUUUCACUGCUGAGGACAUGCUACCCAGCCAUUCGAAGCGGAAACCCGAGGGGCUCGCAGCGGUCAACAAGUUGCAUCGAAGGCCCUUUCUCGAAAGAGCGCCCCUUCCGGGCGAGGAGAGCGACAUAUCCAACGACAGCCCUGCCCACACCGCGUGACGUCAUCUCCAGAGUAUCCUCUGCUUCAUCGGUUCAGCACAUAGCGGUGUCGCACGAGGAGGAAGACAGCGGAGAUGACCGUGCUCCUGUUGUGGUUCAUGUCUUCCAAGACGGUUUUUCCGCAGCGAUCCGAGACGAACCCCCUUGCGAUCGCAAUUCCUGGAUGGCACUGGGCUUCCAGCAGGAUCCUCUCGUGUGCGCUCAAGACCAAGAUUUUCCACAGAAUGUGGUUUUCAACAGUAACAGAAUCCCAUGCAGUUUAGCGUAUACCGCUCCACGAAUCAAGGGUCUCUGCGCUAGGUAUGUUGCUCGGACUUUGCGGCAACAAGGAAAGGCGUCGUCAGGCUCAGAGCCCGCCCCCGCACACACCGAUCCGCGGAAGACAGAGGAGUAUUUGCGGUCAAAAGAGUACGAACUGCAAAAGAGAGUGAAGCGUCUCCGACAAAAUAAGCUGAAGGACUUUCGACAUUCAUCUGUCGCACGUCUCUCGCAAGCCAGUGACUCACGGCGGGUUCUGCCGAAUCUACCACGGAGGAUUAAGAGGCCGAAUGCAUCCAGACGAGACACUUCAACGGCCUCCCAAGCCGCAAAAGAUUAUAGAAAAGCUGACACGAUAGCACCCACACCGCAUGCAGGUCGUUUGGUGCAUGGAAGCAAUUCUUCUUCACGAUGCGGAAGCAGCAGAUCUAGCGUGAACGAAUCGGGUUUGACUCAGCCCUUUCCGGCCUCGACUGCAUCCGCUGCAUAUCCCUCGGACUCUUGCGCAAGUUGUGCUCCAGGAGACCAACGGGGAGCUUUCGUGUCUCUCGUCCGGUCAUCCAUUUUAGAUGGGCAAGCCCAGAACGGCCUCGGCCGAGCCGCUCGCCUGCAACAUCUACCUCCUUCAGGCGUCAGAGAACGGGGUGCGAGGGGAGGGCAACUCUCGCUGUGUCAUCCCACAAAAGAUGAAGGCCCUAACCCCAGUUCGGCACAGCCCUGGAGUCGUAACACCCGUUCAGAUUCCUGCGCGCCUGGUACAGUGGUCAGGAGGAUCCUAUCCUUCAAAAUGUUGGCGAGAAUCGUGGUGUGCGCAACUCGGGUUCGGCUGCAAGGAGCACUCACGAGGUUCGUUGACGCUACGGGGUUGCGGGGCAUCGACCUGGUGACUAUGAAGGCAGUGAUGGGAAAACUGACUCUCCUUCAGGGCAGAGCAAGAGAGUUUCUGCGGCGUCACCUAGAAGCAUGCCAACACGUCGAAAGGAAGCUGCACGACGUAGAGACAACUAUGAUUCUCACUGCUCUUCAAGCGCAUCCAGCCGAGUCGCAACGUCUGUGGCAACACAGCAAGAGAGAGUUGCUCAUCAACAGAUUCCGAAUCGACAGUUCCCUUAAGCAGCGAUGGACGCGAAGCCUCGUGAGAGAAGGCCGGAAGACGCACGUCGAGGAGUGGACCCUGUACGCGGAGAAGAUGAAGGAAUUUUCAGAGAGCUGCAGAGAGUGGCGGCUGCUCUGCCGGUGGCUGGGCUACGAGAAAAGGGCCUGGUGGCCUGCGCAGCCCCAGGCACCACCGAUACCCGCGUCCCGCAUGGCGGACGUUUCUGCGGACAAGCUUGAGGCGAUGCUCUCCCUGGGGCUCUACAAAAGGAGAACAUUCAGAGAGAUUGUGGAUGCCUUGCAGGCGCGGGAACACGAGCUGUCGCUCCGCCAAGAGGCACGAUCGACGCUCUAUUCUGCGAGAGACGAACGGUAUCGGCACCUCUUCUCGGGGGUCUCCUUCAAGAUGCUGCAGACUUUGUGGGGCUGCGACGGAAGGUCUGAGGCCAAGAUCACCACGUUCCUGAGGCUUUUUACUCCUUCGCGUCAAGAGAUUAGCAGAAGCAGGAUAGGCUUCGUGUACUACAGGCCCCUCGAUGAGUUGACCCUAGAUGAAGCGGACGACGAGAGGGGUCUGUAUCCUAUCUCGCACGCAGUGCAGGACUGCGAGAUGCGGCAGUACGACUUCCUGCAUGCUUGUUUUCGCAAGCGCAACUGA